CCCCUGAAUCGCAUACCUAACAGAUCGAUCUCUAUAUGCCUCACCUAUAAGCAAGCAGCCUUAUCGCCCGCCGUGAAACAUACCCGGUGAAAAUAGAUAACUAGACCGAUGAUGAGCGGUGUAUGGCCGUAUGACCGCUUUCAGAGACAUCCCGUCAGCCUCGCCAGCGCAGCCUACAUCGUGUAUUGUUUUUUUUUUUGUUUUUUUUUUUCAAAUUUCUCUUCUACCUACAAUAUUCAUCAACUCCUCCACGUGCUCGGAAUGGUGCGUUUUCCUUGGCCUACACUAUCUUUACCAUGCCUUGCCUUUCCUUACCUUACCUACAUUAGAUACCUGGUACAUUCCCUGCUUGCUUGCUUGCUCCUUUUUUUUUCUUCCGCACAACACAUUCCUCUCUCUUAGGCCAAUUCCACGUAUGCUAGGCACGUCUUCUACACACGUAUUGUACAAGCACCGAGGUGUAGCGAGCUGAGCUGGUUUAUUCCCGCGGUGAGCGAAGUCGAUGCCGUCUAUCAAAGUUCGGUACCAAAUAAUCCAUCCAUCCAUCUCUUUCUCUCUCUGUCUCUCUUUACGAUACAUAUUAUAGUAUUGUACCAACUAUCAACCCUGUGUGGAACGAAUAUACACAAGGGCGGCAAACUGCUUGGUGUGUACUAUGUAUUAUACCUAAGACAGGUUGAGCAGGUAAUAUACAAUACAUUAGGUAUUUACAUAGGUAGUACCUAACGCCACACCUU